AUGGCCCUGAAUAUAAUAGAAAGAUUGGUAACAUAUGUAUUAAGGGAUAGAAUAAAUAUUAAACAUAUAUCCAUAAUUAUGGAUGGUAAUAGAAGAUUCGCCAAAGAAAAGGGUUUACAGACUGCUUUAGGACAUUUUAUGGGAUCUAAAACAUUAAUACAUAUAAUAGAAAUAUGUAUUAAGUUAAAUAUAAAAAUUUUAUCCGUCUUUUCAUUUUCUCUACUUAAUUAUAAUAGAAGUCCUGAAGAAAUUCAUUUUUUAUUUUAUUUAAAUUUACUUGUACUUAUUAAUGAGGAUUUCUUUUUUAAAUUUAUUAAAGACAAUAAAAUAAAGAUCAGAAUUAUUGGAAACCUAUCUUAUGUCAAUGAUUCUUACAGGAAAAUUAUUUAUGACAUAGAAGAAAAAACUAAAAAUUUUAACAAUAUAAGAUUAAAUAUAUUCUUUUCAUAUACAAGUAGAAAUGAAAUGAGUCUUUGUUCUUUUAAUCCAAGUUUAUACAGCGACACCUACAAAAAUUUAUUAAAAGAAAAUAAUAUUUUCUCUGGUACGAAUAUUUUGACUGAUCCGAUUAAAGAAGGUUAUUUUGAUAUUCCCAAACAAGAAGAACUAAAAACUACAGACCAUGAAAAUAAAAAUGAAUUAAAAUUUGAUACAAAAUGUCUUUGCAGGGAAAAUGUAAAAUUCAAUGAAGAGCAAUUAGAAAUUGUUAAUUAUCAUAAUAAAUUACUUACAAGUGAUUUGCCUCCCCCUAAUAUUUUAAUAAGAACAUCAGGUGAACAAAGACUAUCCGAUUUUAUGUUAUAUCAGAUAUCAGAAUUUACCGAAAUUUAUUUUAUUAAUGAAUAUUGGCCAAUAUUUAAUUUUUUACAAUUUAUUUAUAUAAUAUUACAUUAUACCCUUUUUCAAACAACAAAGUGGAUAUUUUCUUACUCCAAUCCUUGUCCACACUAA